AUGGACGCAGAAGAGCUGAUUGAAUCCAUCAUCAGAGCAUUCAUGUUCCUGGCAGGUAUACUUGGAAACAACUGGCUGGCAAUACGCUCCCUACCCAGGAAGAAAUCUGGCAUCCGCACAAACGAGGUCCUCUUCAUCAACCUGGCCGUCUCCAACCUCAUCACCAACUACCUGGUGGACCUUCCCGACACCAUUGCCGAUUUCGCCGGACGUUGGUUCCUUGGGGAAACCUUCUGCAGCGUGUUCCGUUUCUGCGCCGACCUCUCUGAAACCAGCAGCAUCUUUACAACCUUAUUCAUCAGCGUUUUCUGGCAUCAGAAGCUCGUCGGAUCUCUAAAACGAGGUGGUGCCUCGGUGCAGCUGGACAGUCUCUGCUUGGUUGGAUGUCUUUUGGCUGGGAGCUGGACAGUGGCUGUGGUCUUUAGUAUCCCACAUGUUUUCUUUGUCACAGUGGAAGCGACGAAUGGCAGCCACGAGGAUUGUAUAGACUGGUUUCCUAAUGCAAUUGCUAGACAAACCUAUGAAAUAUUUUAUCUAACCCUGGCGAACGCUCUUCCUGUUGCUGGGAUUGUGUUUGUCAGCAUCCAGAUUGUUAUAACUCUUCUCCGAAACCAGCGACGCAUUCAGAGUCACAACUCUGACGCUACCAAGGAGAUGGUUAAGGAAGACCCACCAGUCAAAGAUGCUGCUGGUUCAAGCACCUCAAAAGAUACCAAAUAUUCUGCAUCACUAACCACCAUCUAUACAGACGUGGCUGCUACUUCUUGUCCAAAUGGAAGCCAGUCAGGUCAAAGCUCUAACACCUCCCACCACAGCAAGGAAGCAAACACAGGCAGCAAAGUUGGAGCUCCACCAACUCUUUCGAGGCCAAGCCAGAUGCCAGCUAAACCAAGUCCAAGCUCGGGCCCUCAAGUGAGGGCAGCCAAGAGUGUGGUGGCGGUAGCUAGUGUGUUCCUGGUCUGCUGGCUGACUCAUCUGCUUCUGCGUAUCACCAACAACAUCCACACCUCAUCAAUAGUGGUGGAGGUGGCCAGUUAUGUUGCAGCCUCCUACACCUGCAUUAUUCCUUACAUAUUCCUGCAUGGAGUGAAAAAGCUUUCUUGCUCAUGCAAACGGUAGAAUUAUGUAAAGCAAAUCUGAUUUUACACUUAGACACAAUGUCAAGUAUUGGCUCUGAUCCCCCACUGCACUGUUUCAGUGGACUGUAAAACUCUGCUGUUUGUCACUAAACUUAAAACAUGUACAGUAAUAAUGAGUUUUUUAGGGGGUCCAUUGAUAUCAUUUUAAUAGUCUCAAUUUUUGUUCAACAGGGGUUGCUACUACCAA